AUGCCUUCGCCCAGAAGAAGUCGAAGAGCAGCGCGAGCUCCAGCCCUGCUGAAGGCCCCGGCACCCAGCUGGUUUCCUCCCGGACAUCUGCAAGCUCUGCGGACCCAUGGGCAUGCUUCCUGCCCGGCCCCAAUCCUGCUGCCCCUGCAUCAUCCUACUGACCCUGGCAGACUGCUCCUGGCUCCCCCCAAACACAGCUGGGCCCCCAAAUUUCUCAUUAUCCAGCCAGAGUCUGUGAGGAGAGGCCUCACCCCCCGCACCCAACUGCCCACCACCCAGGGACUGUGUGACCUGGGGCGGCAGGCAGAGCAGGCUCCCAGAUGCUCAGCCGGCCUGCCCCAGACUGCCCAGCAUCCCACCCCAAAGCACCCCUUCAUCCACAUCUCAGCUGCUGGCAGGGAUAAGAGGAGGGUGGCCCAGGUCCCAAAGCCCUGCCUGGCUGCAGGUGCCAAGAAGCCCCUCCGAGCCAGCAACAGCAACCCUCCUGCUGAGGCCCAGGGGCUGGGCAGCCAGCUCCCUGAGACACGCGCCCCCUCAGACAUGGCCCCCGGCACUGUGCCCCCCAAGAGCAUGGCCCGCCGCCCACCCAGGCAGAGUUCUCAGCAGCCGGUGCCACCAGAAGAGGCAGGAGACAAAGUCCCCGCUGCCACCCGUCAGCGCUCCCUCAGCCUGUUCCUGGACCAGUGUCUCAAGUUCUGCCCGUCCACCCAGGAAGCCAUCGAGAAGGCGCUCCAGGAGGAGAAGGCUGCCUACCACCAGAGCCCCAGCAAGACCAAGUACCACAAGCUGACCCACAGCACCUUGCACAGGCUGUGCUGCCUGGCCCCCCGCCCUGGGCCCGGUCCCUGCAAAACCCUCAGCGCUGUGCCCCAGGACGUGGAUCUGGGGGGCAUGUUGGCCACCCAGAUCUGUUUCUCCCUCCAGCACCCGGCCAGCCCCCUCGGGGAGGAUCCUGUGAAAGGAGCCGCCCUGUACCUUCGCCUCAAGGAGCUCCUGCUCACCCAGGCCCAGCUGAAGGAGCUGGGCUUCCCCUUCCCCCACCCCAAGAGGCCCGGGGGCGCUGUCCUGUUCACCAACCAGGACAAGCCGCCCCCAGACCCCUCCUGCAGGCUCUGCUGCCGCUGUGGCACCCAGUACCUCGUGGCGCCCUCGGGCCACUGUGUGCAGCAGGAGGCAUGUCACUACCACUGGGGGCGGCUGCGCCCCACUCCAGCGCCCGGGGGCUGGCAGACCCAGUACACCUGCUGCUCCGCCGCCAUAGGCUCCCCUGGCUGCCAGGUGGCCCAGCAGCACGUGCGGGACGGCCGCCACGAGGACCUGCAGGGCUUCGUGCACACCUUUGCCAAAGACCUGCCCCCAGGCGCUCACCCCGGCAUCUUCGCCCUGGACUGCGAGAUGUCCUACACCACCGCCGGCCUGGAGCUGACCCGCGUCUCCGUGGUGGACAGCGCCGGCAGGGUGGUGUUCGACUCCUUCGUCAGGCCCCAGCGCCCCAUCGUCGACCACAACACCAGGUUCUCCGGAGUGACCGCGGCUCACCUGGCCCGCACCAGCGUCUCCCUGCGGGACGUCCAGGCCAUCUUGCUCACCCUCUUCAACGCCGACACCAUCCUCAUCGGACACAGCCUGCACAGCGACCUGCUGGCCUUGAAGCUCACCCACCGCACCGUGCUGGACACCUCUGUGCUCUUCCCGCACCACCUGGGCCUCCCCUACAGGCGCUCCCUGCGCAGCCUCGCGGCCCAGCACCUCGGACGCGUCAUCCAGGACGGAGGGCAUGGCCACAACUCCAUCGAGGACGCCAUCGCCUGCAUGCACCUGGUCAUCUCAAAGGUUGGACAAGACGCCCAGACCCAGCGCUCACUGCCGCCCAGGAUUUGA